UAAUUCUAGAACAGAUUGAAUCCCAAUCAGUCCAACUUUCGAUAAAAACAAAAAAAAUAGAUGAUAAAAUUGUGUGUCCUGACACGUUGCCAUUAUGUUUUGAGGAAAAAAUAGAAUAUGACAAAAAAAAUUGAAUCCCAACAGUUUUGACAUAAACUAGAGACACAAACCUCGAAUACAACUCACCUACUACCAAUGUGCCCAUCACGUUAGCACCAAGUAGGAAACCACAUUAUCCAAAACACACCUUAGUAGUUCCCACGUCGACGCCCUCAAACAUUCAAACCCCAACCGUCGCCAACUUUCUAUAUAAACACCGCCUAAACCACGCUCUCCAACCACCAGUCUCAUAAUCCGUCUCCUCGUGAAGAUGGCAAGCGCCCAGCUCAUCACCAUCAUCCCUCUCCUCUUCCUCGCCAUCCACACCAUCGCCGCCCACGAGCCACCCAAACCGGCGGAGAAAGCAGUCGAUGUGGUGGUGGAGGGAGUCGUCUACUGCCAGAGCUGCAACAGCUACGGCAGCUGGUCACUAACCGGAGCGAAGCCGAUCGAAUCCGCCACGGUAAGCGUCAUCUGCAAAGACCACAGGAACCGCGUGAGCUUCUACAAGGCAUUCGCGACGGACGGAAACGGCUACUUUUAUGCGGAGCUAAAGGGGUUCAGAAUGAGCCAUUAUUUCCUGGACCAUCCGCUGCAGGCUUGUAAAGUGAAGCUGGUGGCGUCGCCGAUGGAAGCGUGCAAUGUGCUGAGCAACGUGAACUACGGGCUUUAUGGAGCUCCGUUGCGGUACGAGGAGAAGCGAUUGGUGGGGAGCAACUACGAGGCCGUGGUGUAUGCUGCCGGUCCACUGGCUUUCCGGCCGGCUCAUUGCGCUCCCAAGGGUUAUGAUCAACCUUGAGAUUGAUCAUUAUGAUGGUGAUGAGUUUUGAGUUUUAGGGUUUGGAUUUUGAGGGGUUUUUUCAAGUAUAAAAAAUUUAAUUUUAGUUGAUUCUAACAAUUCUUUUCUGAAAUUUUAUUUAAUAAAUCUUUGUUAUAUUUU